UCGAAAUAAAAAUAUUUGUUGUGUUUCGGUCCUGUUAUGUUUAUAGUGCUGAAGAUGGUGCUUGCUGCUUUCCAAUCGGUGUUAAGCGUUGUGGUUGGCUUAGCCUUGGCUCAAGUUACUGAGUUAGAUUACAAUUUUCUGGAACAGCGAAAAGAAGGAUUAUGGCUAGUAGAGUUUUAUGCACCAUGGUGUGGCCAUUGCCAGAGAUUAGAACCUAUCUACAAUCAAGUUUAUAUCCAUCUUCGCCAUACUGCCAUCAAAGUAGGAAAGCUGGACUGUACCAAAUAUUCAAAUGUGGCCAAUAUGUUUGGAGUCAAAGGAUUCCCUACCAUAAAAUUUGUUAAAGGUGAAGACAUAUAUACUCAUAGAGGAGAUCGAACAAAAGAGGAUAUUAUAAAAUUUGCUCUAAAAGCUCAAACGGAUCCUGUUAACUAUAUAACCAGUGAGGGUAAGUUUACAGAGAUUGCGCAACAUCAUCAUAAUGAAGUAUUUUUCAUGUAUAUCGGCAAAGAAUCACCAGACAUUAUAUUAUAUAAAAAGUAUGUAUUGACAGCUAGGAGACAACUAAUCCAAAGCUAUUUUUAUGUGGGGGAAAGCAGAGUAUUACCACCACAUGUAAGGAUGUCCAGGAGUCCAACUGUUCUUGUUUUUAAAGAUAAUCAUUAUGAUGAAUAUUUUGGCGAACCAUCAAUGUCUGAACUUGAUGAGUGGGUAGUUAAAGAACGCUACCUCGCAUACCCUACAGUUACUGCCAAUAUUCUCAAUGAAAUGGUGGAGCUAAAGAAAAUUCUAGUAAUUACUGCUUAUAAUAAAGAAGACAGUAAAAAUAGAAAAAUUAAUGCCCGGUAUGAAAAAAUGUCUAUUGAAUUAGCGUUGAAUCAAAAGAAGAAGUUUCACAACCAGUUUCAGUUUGCUCAUUUGAAUGACUCUGAACCAUUGAAUAGUAUUACCAUGUCUACUAUUGAAAUGCCAACAUUACUUGUUUAUGAUUCUGAGUCACAGUACUACUAUAUGCCAGAGAAAGAGAUCAAAGAUCUUACUCUUGCAGAGUAUAGUCAGUUCCUUAUAGAUGUUUCUGAAGGAAAAGUUACUGCCCAAGGAGGUACAGGAUUUACUCAAAGACUAAAAAGAAUCGGUUAUGAUAUAUGGUCAACGGUUAUGGCCAUAUGGACAGCAUCACGAUGGUUAUUUCUUUUGAUGUUUGGCCUGCCAACAGUUAUUAUUAGUGUUGUUUGCUAUAGUAUUUGUUGUAUGGAGCCCUUUGAUCAAGAAACUGCUUUAUCUGAUGCUGAAGAUGAAGAUGAAGACAGUCAUAAACAAAGUAAACAUGAUGGACCAAAACCCUGUCCGAAAGCAGUUCCACACAAAUGUCCAAAACAUUUAAAAUCUGAAUAAGGUUGUCUCAUUUAAUUGAUCUCAUCCAUUAAUCCCUUUAUCAGCCGCCAAUGGAACUGCUAUCUUGAACAGCUUUCCUGUCUUCGUCAUGGAAAACUCAUUUUUUUUAAAAAUAACUCUCACAUCUUCCAUGCAUUUUAUGUUUAUUUAUUUGUCCCCGUCUCCCUUCUUCCUUUUAUAUUUGUCUGUCUAAAUCAACUGCCACCCACCUCUUACAGGAUGAUAUAAACCUGUGACAAGUAAGGAAUGUAGUGCAGGAAAACAAGUUAACAAAAAUAUAUAUAAAUAAAUACAUAAAAAAUAUAUUAAUAAAACAUUAAAAAAAAAUUGAAAUUAAACCUUUAUUAUUUACUGUUUCCUUCCUCCCAGAAUUAUUGAAGGAAAUAAAAAUGAAUGCCUACAGUAAUUCAUAUUACUUGACAUGAUAUAUAAUCAUCAUGUCUUGAAAAUGGAUAUUAUUCCUAUUAUGCAGUACUGUGAGUGGACUUAUAAUGUGCAUCUAGAAGUAAAUAUCUAUAUUUUCCAACAUAUCAUUGAAUUGUGUAUCUCUUUAUAGAGAUUCCAAAUUACUGAAGUUUUAUAUAGCAACAAAACUCCAGCACAGUGUCUUGUUCUUGAAGUUGCAAAGCCGACUCCAGUGAGAUUUGAUCUUAAGAUAUGAAAAGGUAAAACUGAAUACUAAAAGGCAUUUAGUCUUAGCACUGUACUCUUUCUGUCACUUCGCUACUUGAGAAUUCCUGAACUGAUAACAUUGAGAUGGACAGCACCAGGUUGAACAUUUAUAUUCUAUAGAUAUGUAGGCUAACCCAUUGUUCUAAGUUUAAAUCAUUCUCUUCAUUUUGCACCAUUCCAAUAAAUCUACCAAUCCAUAGAAACCUGUUACCUUGGUAAUAAUUGUAAGAUAAUGGUUAUUUCUGUUUAUGACUGAGUCUUGCAGCCUUUGCCAUUGACAUUAUUCAUCUCUUGGUGUGUUGGUUCAUAUUGGACAUAAAUGUGAAAACCUUGACAAAAAAAAAAAAAAAAAAAAAAAAAAAAAAAAAAAAAAAAAAAAGAAGAGUUUACACCUAUUUUCAUUUUAAAUAUUAACUACAGGAAUAUAUAUUUUAACAUUUUUGUUUUUGUUAUUUCUUAAAGGAUCAUCAUAUUCUAUAGGGAACUAUCAGUUAAAAAUAGUCAAAUAAUCUCAAGAGUAACUUUUCCAAUUUAAGUACAUUCAAGCAAAGAAUGAGAAUGUAACACUUGAAUAUCCGUCAUAUUUUAUAUUAUGUUAUAGUCAUAUUAUUUUAUACAUUUGACAACACUCUCUAUAUUAGCUUGAUAUCUAUCAACAGGUAGUGAGAAUUCUAUUUAGUUGGCACUAGCUGUAUUGUAAUGACCUUUGUAGGACUUGGCUCUUCUAUACUCAUUAACAUGAGAAUGACAUAAAAACAGUCUUUACUUGCAUGUACCAGAACUGAUUCUGUUAGCAACAUUUAUACAUUUUUGGGCAUCCACCAAACCAGUGGAGGUACACAACUGGAAAAUCAAUUAGAAAUUGUCACUAGGAGGUAGUAUUGGAUGUAGAAAAGUUGUUUAUAUAAAAAAUAGGGAAAAUAUGUAAAAUGAAUAUUAAAUAAUUCUGGGGAACACAAUAGAGUACACCAUAAAGCCCAACUACUCUUUGCCUUUUGGCUUCUUUAAGAAUAGUAUCAGUUGUUAUUAUGUCAUAAGAAAAAGUAUUGAGAUAACUUUGUUGUGGGGUGAAAUGUCACCGCAUAUUCCUGAUAGUAGAUAAAGGAACAUAUACAAACAAUGAAUGGCCUGGGAUGAUUAGGUCCCAAGAGAAAAACAAUGUUGUUGUUGUAUGUAGAAGUGAUAGAAUGACCAGCAAGUAUGUUAUUUCAGUGUUGAUUUAAAUACAUUUUGUUUUUGUACCAGAGCUAUUUUAUUUAAAAAUUUUAAAUAAGAAUUGAAUAUAUUUGCAUUGCAAAUAAAGUAACUUGUUUCUAUAAAUAUUUAAUUGUUUUUUGAGCCUGCAUUAUGUAUGUAAUUUGAAAGAAAAUUAUGAAUUUUUUAAAGUAUAUUUUUAGCUCAACAUUAAGUUAUUUAUUAUUUCUAUUUUGUAUAAUAAUUGUUAUUGUGUUUGUUAUUCUAAUUAGCCACUUAAAUGGACCAUUUUACUGCUGAAACCAGAACCAGUAAAAAAGUCUCUCUCUUUCUAUAGACACAUACACACACACACACAAAUUUGUUUUUACCGGGUCUUCAAGUUUUUGCCUGACAGCUUAUUUAACCAGUGGUGAAAAACUUUCUUUCUAAUAUUUAUUAUACAUUAUAGACAUUAGCAACAAAACAUUUCAUCACCGGUUGAAUAAAUUGUCUGGUGAAACUACUAGUCCCUGUCAAAAUGAUUUUAAAAAUAAAUUUGAAGCUACUUUUCUGUAUUGAAUCUCCUUGCCAGGAAAUGUUCCAUUGUUAUGCACCCUCACAUACAGUAGUAUGUGUGUGUGUGUGUGUGUUUGUGCAUGUAAAGUUACAGCAUAAUUUAAUUUUCAGGUGUUUAUAACAGUUUGUGGUAACUGCCUCUAAAUUACUUUGUAAUAAAUAGACACUAAAUGAUAAUGUCUAGUUUAUAUACUGUGAUUCAAAGACUGACAAAUAUAAACAAUUUUUGGUAAAAUAUUGAAAUAUCAAGACAAAAAUAACAAAACAAUAAACUGUUUAAAAGAUACUCAGAUCUGAUGAGUAAGUUGUGUGCAAGAUGAUAGGAUGAGGGUUAGUGUUAUAUAUUAAACAUCCAUCAACUAAGGAAUGAUGUCUUAGAUGCUGUUGUGGCUUUGAACAUUUUCUUUGUAAUAUUAAAUUAUUUUUUAUUUGAUUUGUUUUUUAGUAUUUAUAUUUUAGGCACUGAAUAAAAAUAUUAUUAAGAAGAUAUUAAUUGGAAUAAAAUGCAAAUUCAAAGGUACAUUAUGAUAAAGUUCUGAUUAUCAUCUCUGUUUUUAAUAUACUGAUGGCCUUUCAUUUUCUCUGGCCUUAUAUUCUGAGUUCAAAUUCAACCAAAGUCAACUUUACCUUUCAGGGCUGAUAAAAUAUGUACCAAUCAAGGCCUGGGGUUAAUGAAAUCAACUAGUUCACUUCUCCCCAAAAUUUCAGGCCUUGUGCCUAUAGUAAAAAAAAGAAAAAAAGAAAAAUAUUACUGGUGAUCUUUGAAAAGUACCACACGUUUUGCGUUGAUGUAUGGACUCAGUAGGCCUUAUUGUCUGCACCCAUAUUGCAGAUAAAAAAAUAAAUAAGUAAAAUAUCUUCAGAGUUAAGUUGAAUCUUUGUCUUAUUCACAAACGUUGCCAAUGUUUGUUCAAAAUGUUAUUAGUUAUUGAUAUAGCAAAAAUAUUUUUUGACCUUUGAGGUGAAUAGUAUUUUUAUAUAAUGAUGGUCUAUUUUGCUGUUCAAGAAAAGGUCCAACUAGAACUUCACAGAGAAAACAUUAAUUUAGUGACUAAUGAAUUUGAAGUGAUUAGGAAAAAGGUUGCAGAUCAAAUGAUGUACAUAUAUAUAUGCAUACACAUGUUCACCAUGUAAGUAUAUAUGUAGGUGUGUGUAUGUGUGUGUGUGUGUGUGUGUAUAUAUAUAUAUAUAUAUAUAUAUAUAUAUAGUAUAGUAUACAGUAUUAUAGAUCUAUUUCAGUCAAUCUUACUAAUCAGCUUUGUACUUGAUGUUAGAUAAGUACUGUUAAGUAACAUAUGGGUGUUACAUAACAGUGCUGUUAUCUAAUACAAAAUAGAAAACUGAUUGAUAAGAUUGGCUGAAAUAGAUCUAUGAUAGUGUAUAUUUUGAUUAAUAGGAGCAUAUUUUUUUCUGAUUUAUGAAUUCUUUGAUGGUUAUUUAUAUAUAUAUAUAUAUAUAUAUAUAUAUAUAUGAGAAGUUUGCUUUGCAAUCCUGAGUUCUUGGUUUCAUCUCACUGCGUGGCAAGUAUCUUCUUCCAUAUCUUCUGAUUGAUACAAGCCGUGUGAAUGAUAUUUUCUUUUUUUAUAUGCUCCAUAAAAAGCUAUUUUGUGCACACCAGAAAUGUUAUAUAACUCAUUCUAAUGCACUUUUCUUUUGUUUGCUUUUAUUUUGUUUUUAUUUUAUUUGACCACAUGUCAUUUUGGACACACCCCCUCCUCAUCAACCCAAUACUAAUAGUAUUUUCACAUUCUGUAACUUUUUGUAACAAUUAAAUUUUUUAAUUUUUUUAAUUCAUUUUGUCAUCACUUUGGGUUUGAAUGUCUUUUCUUUAGCAUAACGAACUUAUAUAUGUUCAACUAAAUUUUUAUAACAUUCCUCUUUUUACUUUUUCUUUUAAUGGGGGAUAUAAUAGAAUUUUCUUUAUAAAUGAGUCCACAGAGUAAACUUUUUAUCUCUUAAAGGGUUCUCUUUCUCUCUCUCCCAAAUAUUUAAAGCAGCUCAGUGCUUUGAUUUUAAAAUAUACUACUCAUGACGUUUAUUUUUCUCUCGUUUUCUUUUUUCAAGUUUUAUUUCUGAAAAUAAUAAUCACUGAGCUCAUAACUUUUUUGCCAUGUUUUCCAGAUAAUUUAAAAUCUUUUCCUUGAUAAAUGGAUUUCAAAUUUAAAAUGCUUAUUGAAGGAAUUAAAAAAAAAAAAUGUGCAAUGUUGAAAUAAUGAAUAAAUAAAUUUUAUUUAAUUUCUGUAAUAAAUCUAAAUUCCAUUUCAAAAUGUGAUAUUCCUAUACUCUGGUGGUUAAUCUUAGAAGUAAAAUUUACCUAGUAUCUUUAAAAAACUGGCAAAGUGAAAGAAAGUAUUACAUUCAUUUCAGUUAAUCGAAGUUUUGUAUUGGAGCCACAAAAUCGAUAGAUGAUGGGUGACUUCCAUUGAAAAUAAGAUAAAUGUUAUGAGAAAUUAAUCUAGAAAUUAUUGAAAAGUAAGUAUGAAGCAAAUCUGAGCAAUGGAUGAGAUUUAUAGCAGAGAUUAAAACAUGGAGGGUUUUAUCUAAGUUUAUAUUUAAAAAGAGUUGGCAUGUCAGGUGAAUUGAUGCAAUAGGAUGGUGGCAAUAAUAUGUAAAUGUAAGCUGGUGCAUGAAAAUAUCAAAGAACCUAGUUAUCAGGAUAAGGCAGUGAUUAUAUAUAUAUAUAAAAGCCAUGGCCUUAUACUUGAUAACAUUUGAAUUUGGAAGAACUUAUUUGUGUGUGUUAUUAAAAGAAAUGAAUUACCGAUGUAAUUUACUCAGAGGCACCAUAUGCAUGAAAAACGUUAAUGUUAAUGUAAUUAAUGUUGUGGGCAUCAAAAAUUUAAUGUAAUUAUGUGUUGAGGGAAAGACAACGUUAGUUAUUCACUAAUAUACCUUUAAUCAUCUUAACGUAGUGAGGGACAACUGUGAACUUGUUUUGGUUUUAAGAGCUUAGUAAUGUGUUAAUCACUAUACUUGCUGAAGGCUGUCACUAAAUAGAUGUUGAAUAUUGUGCAAGACUCGCAGAAAUGAUUGAAAUAAUAUAAAUUAUUGAGCUAAUGUUGUCCUUGCCUUGCUACAUAAUUAUUUUUAUAAUUAUUUUUAUAUUAGAUCUAUGUUCACUGCAUUGAAAUAUGUUAGCAUUAAUGUAACAUACAUUUCAUGUAAGUUGCCAGAUUUAAAAACCACUUCAUUAACCACUUAAUUCUUAUCGGUUCCAAUUUCGUUUUCUGCUUGAAUCAUCAAAACCUUUUUAUAAUAAAAUUUGCACCAUUCAACGAUAUCAAGUGUCCAGAUUACAUUCAAAUAUAGCUCUUUUAUCUGGGGAAACUAUUCCUUUUCUACAAACAGAUAUUACCUUGUUUCUCACACUUGUAAUGAAUACUGAAAAACAUAUUUGGUUAUGAUUUAAACGUUUUCAUGAUAAACUCUCUUUUGAAAAACCUGAUAAGAAAAAAAAUAAUAAAUAAAUCCUGCAACCAAGGAAGGAACUAAUGUGCAAAAUGGAAAUUUGAUGAAAAAGUAACAUUUUCCAGUUGCAAAUUAGAAAAGAAUAACUACGUGGAGGACGAUUUAUUUCAUUGAUUUUUAUACAGUUCUUCCAAAUUUGAAUUUCAGUCAAAACACAUCCUAACUUAAAACUGAAUUAAGCUAGCCUUUAUAAAAACCACUUUCAAAGCUAUUUCGAUGUCAUCGUAUUUGAAUAAAGUUCUUGAUUAUAUUGUUUUCUUAA